AUGGCAACUGAAAACAAAUCGAAGCCAAACAAUGACAAGAAAAGGAAGCAAUAUAUUCCCCAUAAUAGACCAGUGAAAAAGGGUAAAUACGCAUUACGACCCGGAGUUCAGGGGUUCUUUAUAACGUGUGAUGGUGGAAGGGAACGCCAAGCCUCAAACGAAGCCAUUAAUGUUAUUGACUCUUUCUAUGAAGAGCUUGUAAAUGGGACAGAGACAACAAUCGAACAAGCAGAAUUAUCUAAAAAGCCCUUGAAUAAAGUAACCAAAUUUACAUACUCUGACUCCUCCAGCAGUGAUGAUGAUGACAAUGAUGAAGAUUCAGAUAAUGAUCAUCAUGAGGAUGAAAGCAAUGUACGGACGAAGGAGGAAGAAAACAAACCCGCCAUUGCAACAGGCAUCGUUGUAAAUAAUGAAAAUCUUAUAAAGGAAGAGUCGGGGAAUCAAAAGGAGGAUGACAUAUCGAGUGAGAAGGAAGCACAAGAAAAUAAAGAGAAAACUGACGGUCAAGAAGCUGAAGCUGUUGAGCCACCGGUGAAGAAACAAUGUACAAAAAACAAUGCAUUUGAAUGUCAAAAUGGCAUAUAUAAUAAGGUGGAAAAUUGA